AUGAAUCCCCAUUCUUUCGAAAACCGUCCAAUCCAUCCCGUACCUCGGCUCCUUUCUGUUAACGAUGAACCCACUUCAGAAGAGAAGGCACUGGUCGUUGCCGCGAUUUCGAGGGCAAAGGAUGAGGUCGACUCUAAAGGAAGGCUGUCGAAGUACGGCAAAGACUAUAAACACGUCGGUGCUCUUCAAACCUUUAUUCGGGAGGGAUAUUCAAUAAUAUCGCCUGUUCGACGACUUCCAGUCGAGUUGAUUCGUGAAAUUAUGAUCCAUACCGCCCACGAUCCUUGUCCCGAUCUCGACAAUCCUCCCUACUUGCUCGGCCAUGUCUGCCGUCUUUGGCGCGUUGCUUCACUCUCGAUACCACUUCUCCACAGUACUAUCCCCCAUCUGCGUCUCCAGAAGUACAACGACACAUCUGCCUUCAGCCAACACCUCCUUCAAGUUAUCCCGAAAGUGCCUUUUUAUUCUUUUAAGCUCAGUAAUCUUUCAGGACCCGAUAUUCACCCUAUGGCGAACCUUUAUUUCCAGACUUCAAAAAGCUGGAAAUCUGCAUUUAUCACUGCUGACCCUUCCGCUCUGGAGCCAAAAUCAACUCGUCUUGUUCGCAGUAACGUGCCCAUGCUGGAGAGUCUACGUCUUCAUGUUGCCACUAAGAGACCCAACUCACGCUAUGCUGGGCAAUGUUACGCAUUCGAGAAUGCUCCUUGCCUACGCGAAGCCGAAAUCAAAUGCUCGACAGUGUUCUUCCUCAAACUUCCUUGGAAGCAGUUAACGAAAUACAAGGAGCAUUCAGGUCGAGCCAUCGGCAUUCCACUCAUCAUUUUCGAUGGAAAUCCUAUUGAACACCUCACAUAUAUCACAGCCCAGCCAAGCUCACUCUUGGUUCACAUAAACCCGGCAACACUCCCGCGGCUCACACACCUUGACAUCCGCCUGUACCACGACUCCUCGAUAUCAAUCCUCCCUCGGCUCACACUGCCCAGCCUCCAUAACAUCCGCGUACGAGAUCCAGGCACCACACGUCUCUUCCAGGGCAUUGUGAAUCUAGUUAUUCGCUCAGGCAACCCUGGGGCGAAGCUUAACCUACUUCGACUCGCAAUCUAUACGCAGCCUCCCAAACCCCUCGAACUAGUCCAUCUCCUUCUACACACCCCGCACCUCAUCGACCUCGAAUGCAAUAACAUCCCAAGCGAGGACCUCGCACAGAUCACAAUGCUCACUAUCCGCAGCCUUCCCGGCCAACCCUCGCUAAUUCCUCGCCUACGCAAACUCACUAUUUAUUCACCUUCAGCAUCAACCUUCGACUCGAUCAACAAGCUCAUCGACAGUCGAUCGAAAAAGAAUACCCCUCAGUCGGACCACUCGCCCCUUGAAGUGGUACGCCUCGUCUUCGCCGACGCUCCGACGUGCGAAGAGGCUUCGUCCGCACUCGACGGCGUCGCUCGAGCCGAUAAUCGAAGAGCAUAUGAAGACUUAUCCGGGCUCUUGACCGAGCUAGAUGUCCUGAUUACCUCGUACAAGUCGGAACGACAUCAAGGGCUCGUUCAAACUCUGUCCGACUGGAGGGCCGGGCGGAAGCUCGACUCGCUCCUCUCUGCACUAGAAUCAAUCAAGAUAGACGAUCCUAAGUUGAUCGAGGUCAGGGCAUUGAGCAUCCUCAGGAAAUUCUGGCUCCUCGACUCCUGCAAGAUACCACAAGAGUCCAAAUAUCACUUUCUCCGUCGCGCUCAUUCUUUGCUCGAUGUCUGGACAGCAGCAUUUGGCGACCAACCAAACGGCGAUAGAUGGAUCCGGCAUGGGCUUCGCUCCUUAUUGUAUCUUAGAACUCGAGGAGAUGAAGACGGCUGCGAGAGAGAUCUCAUUGACGGAGAAUACAAGUUCGUGGACGAACCCACGCUGUUUUGGCCAUACGAAGACCAUCCGGAAACAUAA